AUGUUUAGCAAAGACUUCACGGCCGUCGGGCUGGCAGCUCUCUCUUUGGUCUCUCAAUCUCAAGCAGGACCUACCUUGGGUACCUCUCAUCUCAAAGCAAGAGCUCUCUUAGGUAACUCUUUUGGUGUUCCUGGACGCAAUGCCACUUACGACUACGUUGUCGUUGGUGGUGGCAAUGCCGGUCUAACUAUCGCCAUGAGAUUGGCUGAAGCCGAGGCUGGCAGCGUUGUUGUCAUUGAAGCUGGAACUUUCUAUGAGAUUAGCAACGGAAACAUCUCACAAGUUCCUGCCACUGAUGGUGUGUUCGCUGGAAAAGGCGCCACUGAUUGGCAACCUCAGAUCGAUUGGGGUUAUCAGACUACCCCACAAUCUGGAGCAUUCAACACUUCUCUUCACUAUGCUCGUGGUAAGACUUUGGGAGGUUGUUCUGCCAGAAAUUUCAUGGUCUAUCAACGUGGAACUGUUGGAUCGAUGCAGAAGUGGGCCGACCAGGUUGGCGAUGAUUCCUAUGAAUGGGAUAACUUUCUUCCUUUCUACCAGAAGUCUGUCAACUUCACUGCUCCCAACAUGAGCCUUCGAUCUGCCAACUCUACUCCACAGUUCGUUGCUGCUGAUGCUGCAUUCUCUCCAGCCACUGGCCCACUUUCAGUCACUUGGUCCCACUAUGCCCAAGCUUUCGGAACUUGGGCUAUCGAAGGUCUCUCCCAAAUCGGUAUACCAGUGAUUCCUGGAUUUUUGGGUGGAACCUUGAUUGGAACUUCAUACCCUACAUUCACCAUUGAUGCUGAAAAGAUGACACGUGAUUCUUCCGAGACUUCUUUCCUCAGGGUCGGUAUGACAUCACCUGACCUCAAGGUUUAUACUCUGUCCAUGGCCAAGAAGAUUCUCUUUGACGACAGCAAGAAGGCAACUGGUGUUCUUGUCGAGACCGGUGGCUACCCAUUUACCUUGACUGCCAACAAGGAGGUCAUCUUGUCUGCUGGUGUUUUCGGAUCUCCACAGCUUCUCAUGGCUUCUGGUGUUGGACCCGCAGAAGAAUUGAAUGCCAUCGGUAUUGAUGUCAUCGCUGACCGUCCAGGUGUCGGAAAAGGAAUGCAAGAUCAUCUGUUCACUGGUGUCGGAUACCGUGUCAAUGCGCUUACCAUCUCAAGACUCGUGAACGAUCCUGAGUAUGCUGCUGAGCAACUUGAGAUGUACGAGAGCACCCCAGCUGCGGGAAUGUACUCCAGCCCCAACACCGACGUUCUUGGAUGGGAGAAGAUUCCCGAGAAGUACAGAAGCCAAUGGAGCAAUGAGACUCAAGAUGCUUUGGCUGAAUACCCUGCUGAUUGGCCUGAGGUUGAGUACAUUGCCAUCUCUUCUUUCUUAGGCAACCAGGUCAUCGAGGGAACUGACCCAAAUGAUGGAUUCAACUACGCCACAUUAGCGAUUGCUCUCGUCGCUCCUCGAUCCCGGGGAUCUCUUACCAUCACCUCCGCCGACACCAACGUUGCUCCUUUGAUUGACCCAGGUUUCUUGACCGAGCAAUCUGACGUCGACAUCAUGGUUGCUUCAGUCAAACGUGUCCGUGAAUUCUACGCCACCGAUACCCUUCAAAGCUUUGUCAUUGGUGACGAGUACUUCCCAGGAUCUAACAUCUCGACCGACGCUCAAAUCGAAGACUUUGUCCGAACUAGUUUCAACACUAUUUGGCACGCAACAUCGACCUGCUCCAUGGGUCUUAUCAACGAUACUAACACUGUUGUUGAUACCCAAGCCAGAGUUCUUGGUGUUUCUGGCGUCCGUGUCGUUGAUGCUGCCGCUUUCCCACUUCUUCCUCCUGGACAUCCCAUGUCCACAAUCUAUGCGUUCGCCGAGAAGAUCGCUUGCGAUAUUAUUGGUUGUUAA